CCCUCUUUCUCCCUCUCUCCCUCAAACCUGUUAGCUGCAGGACGAUUAGAGAGUGUGUGCGUAUGUAAGAGCUUAUCCUCUCCCCACACACACACACAGAGAUCACUAAAGAAUUGCAUUCUGGUUUGUUUUAGCGGUUGCCUUGGGGCUUUUCCUCCCUUUAACUCCACCGUCUGUUGCUUCCACCUGCACAUUGUGUGUGUGUGUGGCAGAGCAGCGAGGGGUGUAACCUGAUGCCGGUGGAGUUCGUGUGUCUGCCUGUCCGUGUGUGUUGGGAGAUGAGGAUAUGUGAAGUGCGUUGACGGACAGUUUAGCCUCGGUAAUGCCCGGCUGCUUACGUAAGUCCUGCAGGAGGAUGAAGCCCCAGAGAUAGAGGCACCUGAGACAGGAGGGUGACCAGGAAAGGUGCACUCUGAGCAGGAUGGAACUCAACCGAGUGUCCCUGCUCUGCCAGGACAUUACCAGACUAUGGCUGCAACUGAAAGUGAUGACAGAUGAGAUUAUGCAGCAGGAGAGCAGUCCUCUGUGUGCUGCAGACAUCAGCCCAGACCUCAGGAAACAGUUUGCCUUCCUGUCAGGUGGCCGAGGACAGAAUGGCAGCCCCAUCAUUAUUUUCCCAGAGUACCCGGCGUUUGGUGAGCUGGAGGAGCAGGAGUUUCACAAUGUGCUGACAUACCUGACCAGCAUUCCCAGUCUCAGCUCGACGGGGGUCGGCUUCAUCCUGGUCAUUGACCGCCGGCAAGACAGAUGGGCAUCAGUGAAGGGGACACUGCUGCGGAUCGCGGGCUCUUUCCCAGGCAACCUGCAGCUGGUGCUGGUACUGAGACCCACAACACUCUUCCAGCGAACAAUCUCAGACAUCUUAUUUAAGUUUAACAAGGAUGAGUUUAAAAUGAAGGUGCCGGUGAUCAUGCUCAGCUCUGUGACUGAGCUCCACAGUUACAUCGACCGCACACAGCUCACACAGGAACUGGGCGGCACGCAGGAGUACUGCCACGAGAAAUGGAUUUCACACCGCACCGCCAUUGAAGGUUUUGCUCUGAUGGUGAAGAAAACAGCACAGACUCUCCAAUCUUUCGGGACGGAGCUGGCAGAGACAGAACUGCCCAAUGAUGUUGAGGCCACGUCCAACCUUCUAACCAUCCACACAGAGAAAAAAGACAAGAUGAAGGAGGACUUGAGGAUCGCUCUCUGUCAGGGAGGACGUUUGCUGGAGAGCAUCAAUGAGCCGCUGGUGAAAGAUCCAGAUUACACCAUGAACCAGGAUGAACUGGAGAACCUGGCUACUGUUCAGAGGUUGCUUGGUCAGUUAGAUGAGACGGAAACGGCAUUUGAUGAUUUUUGGGAUAAACAUCAGACCAAGCUAGAGCAAUGUCUGCAACUGCGGCAUUUUGAGCAGGACUUCAGGGAGGUUAGAGCUCAUUUAGAUCUGGUGUAUGACAGACUAUCAGGCUUCUCAGAUGUAGGAAUAAGCCCCGCCCAUGCUGAACAUAUCCUGAAAGAACUGACCAAUCAUGAAGAGAGAGCUUGUGAGGUGUUGGACCGGGCUCUGUCUCUAGCGUGUGAUGCAGAUCAGCUGAUUGAAGCGUCUCAUUAUGCUGUGGACUCCAUCCUGCCCAAAUGCUCUGAGCUGCGGGCUGUGUGUGAGGAGACCAGCGCUGUCCUGAAGGCCAAGAAAGCUCACCUUCUCAAAGCCAUGGAGCUACACCAGUGUCUAGAGAAGGCCACUAAAUGGUGUGAUGAUGGGAUCUACCUGCUGGCGUCUCAGCCUGUGGAUAAGUGUCAAUCACAGGAUGGGGCGGAGUCAGCGCUGCAGGAGAUCGAGCGUUACCUGGAUACAGCCAAUCAGCACAAGCUGACAGAUUUAAGUUCAAUUUGGAGGGACUAUGAGUCAGUGCUCACUCAAGACUUCAGGGAUCAGGUGGACAGAGUGUUUCAGAAGCAGCUGUCCAUGCAGGAAAUGUUCGAGAAGAGGAGGGUCAGUCUUAAGAAGUUAGCUGCCAAACAGACACGACCCGUGCAGCCCGUCGCCCCACGUCCUGAGGCCAUCAUCAAAACACCCAUCUCGUCUCCAGCUCAUAGGGAGAAGUCUAUAGAGGGUGAUAUCAUCAAUGGAAACUGCAGAAAAGGAGAGAUGCACUUACAGAACGACGGCAGCAGACACCCGUCUGUCUCUGAUGAAGAGGAGAACUUUGCAGUGCUUAGACGGCAUGUGAUGAACGAGCUGUUGGAGACGGAGAGAGCGUAUGUGGAGGAGCUGCUGUGUGUGCUGGAGGGUUAUGCAGCAGAAAUGGACAAUCCUGCCAUGUCACAUCUCAUCCCCAACACGCUGCUUCACAAGAAGGACAUCCUCUUUGGCAACAUGCCUGAGAUAUACCAGUUCCACAAGAAGACUUUUCUUCGUGAACUGGAGACGUACACAGACUAUCCUGAGCUUGUGGGCCGGUGUUUCUUAGAGAGAAUGACGGAUCUGCAGAUAUAUGAGAAGUACUGUCAGAACAAGCCUCGCUCCGAGUCCCUGUGGAGACAGUGCUCUGACUGCGCUUUCUUCCAGGAGUGUCAGAAGAAACUGGAGCAUAAGCUUGGUUUGGACUCAUACCUGCUCAAGCCUGUGCAGAGAAUAACCAAAUACCAGCUUUUACUGAAGGAACUGUUGAAGUACAGUAAAGGCUGCGAUGGUGAGGAUGACCUGCAGGAGGCGCUCUCAUCUAUUCUAGGUAUCCUGAAAGCUGUGAAUGACUCCAUGCACCUUAUCGCCAUCACUGGAUAUGAGGGCAACCUCGGUGAUCUAGGCCGCCUGAUGAUGCAAGGGUCGUUCAGCGUGUGGACGGAGCAUAAGAAGGGUCACGCGAAGGUGAAAGACCUGGCGCGCUUCAAGCCCAUGCAGAGACACCUGUUCCUGCAUGAGAAAGCUCUGCUCUUCUGUAAGAAACGAGAGGAGAAUGGAGAAGGUUAUGAGAAAGCCCCAUCAUACAGCUUCAAACACUCACUCAACAUGAGUGCUGUAGGCAUUACUGAAAAUGCAAAAGGAGACAACAAAAAGUUUGAGAUCUGGUGUAAUUCUCGAGAGGAGGUGUAUAUUGUACAGGCGCCGACACCAGAAAUCAAAACGGCAUGGGUGAACGAGAUCCGGAAGGUUUUAACUGGGCAACUAAAGGCCUGCAGAGCUUUGGUGAGCAUAAGAGAACAUCUUACCGACCCCAACAAUUUGAAUGAGGCGAGGCAGCAGAAGGGCUCAGAUCAGAUCUCUCCGAUAACUCCCACCAGCACCAGUCUAACCCUGAGCCCCUUCAAGACCAACCCAAAGAACCUCAAGAAGGGAGAAGAGAAGAAAACUGAACCCGCAACAGUAGAUCCCAGUACAGCUGCCUUACUCAAAAAUAAUGACAAGGUCAAAGACGAGACUGUCACCAGUCCCAACACUGAGAGAGCUGCAGUGGCUAAAAAACGUUUUACACUGCAGGGCUUCAGUAACCUCAAGAGUCAAAAAGGAUCUUCCCCCCCUAGUCCUGAUCACAAAACUAAAAGACAUGAGAUUAAGAGUGAUCCUACACCGUUUGGCUUCAGAGACGCAGGUCCCCACAUCACUCUUACCCGAGUGAGAUGGAUGAGCACUUCUAGUCUGUUGCAGACUAAAAGGAGAGGCUUCACCAAGGCAUCACUGUCUAUGGAUGCGUCUGAGGAGAACGACGGUUACUCGAGCGCAGAGGACCCCAUGAACUCUGAUCCUGAGGAUGAGGGAGGGAAGAAGCUGUCUCCAGGCAAGUAUGUGGUAGUCGCUGACCAUGAUAAAAGCGGACCACAGGAGCUGACGGUUAAGAGUGGAGACACGGUGGAGCUGGUGAAAGAGGGAGACGAUGGACGCUGGUUUGUACGUAACCUGCGGAGCAAUAAGGAGGGCUGGGUCCCUGCUGCAAACCUGCUCACUCUCAUCAGAGAAUCCAAAUCUUCGCAAUCUCUCUCCAGCUCAGAAGGCAGUGGGUCUGGAAACCUCAGCACAUCGUCCAGCUGCAGCGAAACCUACACAAGCUUCUCAGACAUCAAAGCCUGAAGCCGCUGCUCCAGCUCCUUGUGGCAGCUCCUACACAGUGCACUUUCUACUGAAGCUCCUCGAGCCUUUGUACUGUAUUUAACCUCCUCAGCCAAGAAAGGAAUCGACCUCUGCGGUCAAUAUGCGCUAUUCAGGAUAUUUUAUAUAGAGCGUCACCCUUUCUCAACCAUCUCUCCUUCAUAAGAGAGAGAAAAUGUCUGCUGUUCCCAUUCAAAUUCUCCUUUACUUUGAAAGUAUGGUGUGAUGCUGUUCGUUUCGAAUCUGCAUGCAUUUCCUCAAAGAUUAAAAGAGAAAAAGGGUUCUUGGUCGAGUCGGCAUUAACAUCAGAGUAGCCUGCGGUUUAAAAUGUCUUUAAAUAAUACAUAACAAGGACUCUCAUUGGACUUUAAUGUACGACCACAUGAGCUUCCACUGGUUUUAUUGAUCUUGCGUUGAGAAUAUCAGUGUCUUUUUUGGAAUGUCUGCCUUGGUUGGCAUCUAAAGCUCCUGUCUGAUUUGCUGUAGCAGCAAGACAAUGAAAUGUUGUUUUAUAUGAUAAAGAUUCUUGAGGUUAUGCCUGGUGAAAAGUCCUGUUAUUCACUGUAUGUAUUAAUCUAAAACAGCUGUAUAGUUUAAAUUAUUUCCUGUAAAAGAUUUGUACAGAUAUUAACUUUUAUCUCAUGUUUUUCAUUAAAACAGUAUAUAUAUAUAUAUAUCUAUACAUAUUGUAUAUUAUGACCACUAUUGUUGUGUGUCAAUGAAUUGUAUUUUGUUGUAUUUGUCACUUUACUGUUCUGCACCGUUCAUGUAUAAUUAUUACAAAAUUUCCAGUAACAACAUACCAAUUGUGUUCACAUUUUAUGCAAUCUAAUUUCCUGUACGUCAGCACAGAUUGUUUAAUUUGGUUGGUUCAAAAUGUAAAGUCUGGAAAGUGAUAAGUGGCGUGUUGUAACCAGCACUCAACUUUUGUAAGACUUGAUUUUAAAGGUCAGAACCUUUUGUCAAACAAGUGUUUCUUAAAACUUGUCAAAGUUCAUCUAUAAUCCUAGAAACUGAUUUCAAUCAAGGAAUGAAACACCGUGAUUUUUGACAGUUUGAACACCACAGCGUUUCUGUGCUUAAGUGUUCAUGUCCCCAUAACUGUACACCGUCUUUUGUUUUAUCGUGUUCAGCAAUACAAAAAUCAUUGUUCGUAUCUGUUUAAAUUUUAUGUGGCACAUUGCUGCAUGUUUUAUCUCAUGUUAGUUUUAUCUUAUUCUUAUUUGACAUUAAAAUAUUUUCCUGUAUUAGACUCGUAUCUGUGUAUAUGUGUAAAUAUGUAUCUAAGAGGAUGUAUGAGAUGAAUGAAUUUAAAGUGCUUAGGCUGAAAUAAACUUCACUGAAACAUUGUA